AUGGAAUGGGUGCUUGAGCACAUUCUGCUUGAUGAGCAGACAGCGUACACCCCAGAUCUCAUUCCCCUUCUCCUUCAGCAGAUCGCAGCGGCUGAUCCGAAUGCCCAACCUCCCUUACAUGCGGUUCCACGAUUGAUUGAGGCCUUUCUGAGGGUUGAUGUUGCACAUCAGACAUCGUCUCUCAUUGGGGACAUGCUUGCGCAAUUGGAGAGAUUCGAAACGCAUCGUGACAUGUUAUCUGUCUUGAGCGCGGCAAGUGAGGAAACCGGAAAGCGGCAGAAAGGGAUCUUGCACAGUUAUCUGUACAUUGACAAGGCCCUCAGACGCCGCGCUGUAUUCUCCUUACUGGAGCGACGACCGGAUGGCUGGCAGAUCGAGUGCAUGGCACUUCUGAAUACACUGUAUCCCCUGACGUCUCUGUCACCACCACAGACAAGAAACGCACGCGUCUUGAUGUUGGCACGAUUGAAGGAACGCAGUCUGAUGAGUGCCCUCAUUAGCGACUGUCAGAACCACUACGCCAAAGGCGAAUCAGGAGAACCACCUCACCUGAUCUCGGAGCGUAAGCCAUACACAUGGGCUGCUAUCAGUGAUGUGGUGUCGCUGUAUCUUGAAGGUACUGUGGAAAUAUUUAAGCAGCUUGAUCCGGACUGGAAGAUCAGCAACAUUGAGCACAUGGCGGCGGAAAUGGAACAGAGGAUAGCCGGUGGUGAAUCAGUGCCACUGUUGCAGGAAGAAAACUGGACGUAUAUGGGACUACCGGUCACUCAGGAAGAGGUUGAUCUCGAUGAUAUGGUGACGGACGAUGAUGGUAUUGGGGAGCCUAGCAGUGAGGUGCUUCACGAAGGCUAA